CUAGAACGAGACUCCACGUUUUCACACCUAACCCCACCCCCUCCCACAUUUCCCAUUAAAACCCCUUAUCUUCUCUUCCAUUACUACUCAAACUCUACUCUCCCAAAUUCCCCAAUUCUUAGGGUUUUGACCCCGAGCUUCCGCCCCAUUUCUUGCCUUCAACGCGUACAGUCCCGCAGUACAUCCUCCGUGAAGGUCCGGAAAUGGCGGCUUCAGCAGCUCAGAUACACGCUCUCGGCGCUUCGGCUUUCGUUGCGUCCGGGAAUCCUGUCAAAAAGAGCGCCACUAAAUCACUGUUCUUCGGGUCAAAGCUGAAUAACAAUGACCUGAUGAAGCUGAAUCUGAAAUGCAAAGCCAGAAGCGUUUCCCGUCGCGGCAUGCCCCUCCGUGUGGUGGCGGAGAAAGUCGUGGGAAUUGACCUUGGGACAACGAACUCCGCAGUGGCGGCAAUGGAGGGCGGGAAGCCCACCAUUGUUACUAACGCUGAGGGCCAGCGGACAACGCCAUCAGUAGUUGCCUAUACGAAGAACGGGGACAGGCUGGUAGGGCAGAUUGCCAAGCGGCAGGCGGUGGUGAAUCCUGAGAACACGUUCUUCUCCGUGAAGAGGUUCAUUGGGAGAAAGAUGUCUGAAGUUGACGAGGAAUCAAAGCAGGUCUCAUAUCACGUUGUCAGAGAUGACAAUGGAAAUGUGAAGCUGGAAUGUCCUGCCAUCGGGAAGCAGUUUGCAGCUGAAGAAAUUUCAGCUCAGGUUUUGAGGAAGCUUGUUGAUGAUGCAUCAAAGUUUUUGAACGACAAGGUAACUAAGGCAGUAGUCACUGUUCCAGCAUACUUCAAUGAUUCUCAGAGGACUGCUACAAAGGAUGCUGGUCGUAUUGCUGGCUUGGAGGUUCUCCGCAUUAUAAACGAACCAACAGCUGCUUCACUUGCCUAUGGUUUCGAAAAGAAAAGCAACGAAACUAUAUUGGUUUUUGACCUUGGAGGUGGUACUUUUGAUGUGUCAGUUCUUGAGGUUGGUGAUGGUGUGUUUGAGGUGUUGUCUACUUCUGGAGAUACACACCUUGGCGGUGAUGACUUUGAUAAGAGAAUUGUGGAUUGGCUUGCUUCAAAUUUCAAGAAAGACGAGGGGAUAGAUCUGUUGAAGGAUAAACAAGCUCUUCAGCGUCUGACUGAGACAGCUGAGAAAGCUAAAAUGGAACUAUCAUCUUUGACACAAGCUAAUAUCAGGCAUGUUUUGAACCUUGUAUAUGGUCCCAAACAUAUUGAAACCACCCUUACAAGGGCUAAGUUUGAAGAGUUGUCCUCAGAUUUGCUUGACAGGCUCAAAACCCCUGUUCAAAAUUCCCUGAGGGAUGCAAAGCUCUCCUUCAGUGACAUAGAUGAGGUAAUCCUUGUUGGUGGUUCCACACGUAUUCCAGCAGUUCAGGAACUUGUUAAGAAAUUAACUGGAAAGGACCCAAACGUGACAGUGAACCCUGAUGAAGUUGUUGCCCUUGGAGCUGCAGUACAGGCUGGUGUGUUGGCUGGGGAUGUUAGUGACAUUGUUCUUCUUGACGUGACACCACUAUCAUUGGGUUUGGAAACUCUUGGUGGGGUUAUGACAAAGAUUAUUCCAAGAAACACCACACUGCCAACUUCAAAAUCGGAAGUGUUCUCAACAGCUGCUGAUGGCCAGACCAGUGUCGAGAUUAAUGUACUUCAAGGUGAGAGAGAGUUUGUUAGGGACAACAAAUCUCUAGGAAGCUUCCGUCUUGAUGGAAUCCCGCCAGCUCCCAGAGGGGUUCCUCAGAUUGAGGUCAAAUUCGACAUUGACGCCAACGGGAUCCUAUCUGUUGCCGCCAUUGAUAAGGGAACUGGGAAGAAGCAAGAUAUCACCAUCACUGGUGCCAGCACUUUGCCAAGUGACGAGGUGGAAAGAAUGGUGAGUGAAGCUGAAAGAUUCUCAAAGGAAGACAAAGAGAAGAGAGAUGCCAUCGACACUAAAAACCAGGCUGACUCGGUAGUUUAUCAGACAGAAAAGCAGUUGAAGGAGCUCGGUGACAAAGUCCCUGCCCCUGUCAAAGAAAAAGUGGAGGCCAAAUUGGGAGAACUCAAGGAAGCCAUCUCUGGUGGCUCAACCCAAGCAAUGAAAGAUGCCAUGACUGCUCUCAACCAAGAAGUAAUGCAGCUUGGGCAGUCACUCUACAACCAACCUAGUGCUGGCCCAACACCUACUCCGGAGGACUCGUCUGAAAAGGGACCCAAUGGCGAUGUCAUUGAUGCAGACUUUACAGACAGCACAUAAUAAUAUAACCACUGUAUGUGGAAAAGAUUGGUGCUCAAUAUUAAUUUUGAUUCUUUUGACCUUUUUACGUCUUUUCUUGUGUAUACAGGAUUGUUUUUGUGUUUGCUCGGUGAGGAGGUUCUAAAGUUGGUUGUGAGAGUGAUUGAGAUUGUUACACCAUAAUAGUUGCUUCCUGUAAGCUUAGACUGGUUAUGCUUGAAGAUUUUAUUUUUUUGUUGACAUUUGAGAUUUUGCUCGUGGAAAAAUGUGGCUGCGAAUUUUACAUGGUGCAUCUCCCAUUUUAUGCUGGGUCAGAAAAUUUUCAAUUUUGAACCUAUCAAAUCAA